UAAGCCAAUACACAAAAGUGUUCUGAAAUCCAUCAUCAGAAGGCGUCUUCAUAAACGCCGUCCAUUCCUAUCUUCUUAUUCUUCGCUUCGCAAUUUCUAGGGUUUUUUUUAUCCAAAAACUUGUGAAAAUGAGAGAGUGCAUUUCGAUCCACAUUGGUCAGGCCGGUAUCCAGGUCGGCAAUGCUUGCUGGGAACUUUAUUGUCUCGAGCAUGGCAUCCAGCCUGAUGGCCAAAUGCCCAGUGACAAGACAGUUGGUGGUGGGGAUGAUGCCUUCAACACGUUUUUCAGUGAAACCGGAGCAGGGAAGCAUGUCCCUCGUGCUGUCUUUGUUGACCUCGAGCCCACUGUUAUUGAUGAAGUUAGAACCGGACCAUAUCGCCAGCUCUUUCACCCUGAGCAGCUCAUCAGUGGCAAGGAAGAUGCCGCCAACAACUUUGCACGUGGCCACUAUACCAUUGGGAAAGAAAUUGUUGAUCUCUGCUUGGAUCGUAUCCGGAAGCUUGCGGACAACUGCACUGGCCUUCAAGGUUUCCUUGUGUUCAAUGCUGUUGGUGGUGGCACUGGUUCUGGCCUUGGGUCGCUUCUUUUGGAGCGUCUCUCUGUUGACUAUGGCAAGAAAUCAAAGCUUGGUUUCACUGUUUAUCCCUCACCACAGGUCUCCACAUCGGUUGUGGAGCCCUACAACAGUGUCCUUUCGACCCACUCUCUUCUUGAGCACACUGAUGUUGCUGUGCUUCUUGACAAUGAGGCCAUUUAUGAUAUCUGUAGGCGCUCCCUGGACAUUGAACGCCCCACCUACACUAAUCUCAAUCGCCUUGUUUCUCAGGUUAUCUCAUCCCUCACUGCCUCGUUGAGGUUUGAUGGUGCCCUAAAUGUCGACGUGACUGAAUUCCAGACCAACCUUGUGCCCUACCCCAGGAUCCAUUUUAUGCUUUCCUCAUAUGCUCCUGUCAUCUCAGCUGAGAAGGCCUAUCACGAGCAGCUCUCAGUGGCAGAGAUCACCAACAGUGCUUUCGAGCCCUCAUCCAUGAUGGCUAAAUGUGACCCGCGCCAUGGAAAGUACAUGGCAUGCUGCCUGAUGUACCGUGGUGAUGUUGUGCCCAAGGAUGUGAAUGCAGCGGUGGCAACUAUCAAGACCAAGAGAACAAUUCAGUUUGUUGAUUGGUGUCCAACCGGAUUCAAGUGUGGUAUCAACUAUCAGCCACCAACUGUUGUUCCAGGAGGUGACCUUGCAAAGGUGCAGAGAGCUGUGUGCAUGAUCUCUAACUCAACCAGUGUUGCUGAAGUGUUCUCCCGCAUUGAUCACAAGUUUGAUCUCAUGUACGCUAAGCGUGCAUUUGUGCACUGGUAUGUUGGUGAGGGCAUGGAGGAAGGAGAAUUCAGUGAAGCUCGUGAGGAUCUUGCUGCUUUGGAAAAGGACUAUGAGGAGGUUGGUGCAGAGUCAGCUGAGGGUGAGGAUGGCGAUGACGGAGAUGAGUACUAAUCCAAGGUCUUGUCACUUGCAGUUCAUGCAUUACGUACUCUGCUAUUAUGUGGUGUUAGUGUUCUUGAUGUGUGUGGUGUGUGUGUUCCUGAGACAUGGUUGUUUCAAGGCACUUAGUCUUGGUAUUGCCACUAUAAUUUUCUUUGUUCUGUGCUGUGACAUUUAUCUAUCCUAUUAUCUCAGUAAUUGGCCUUAUAUUUGAAGUAUUGUUUUGUUUA